AUGCCAUCUGAAAAGGAAAAUCACCGUGCCAUCAUCAAUGAAGGGGAGGAAAAUGAGAUGGAAAUCUUUGGCUACAAAAUCAGCAUUCCAUGGAUCAUCCUUUGCGUGAUUGGGUACUUUGUUUCUGGUGGAAUUCUUCUCCUGCUAUUUUAUUGGAAGCCUGAGUGGAGUGUGUGGUCCAAUUGUGUCCCAUCAUCUUUGGAAAAAGCUAAUGUUGUUUUACUUAGGACAACAGAUAGUAGAAAGAAAUACACUAGAAAGAAGAUGCGAUGGGUUUCUCUAACUGAAUUCCGAGGCUCUUUGCAGAAUGAGUCUGGCUGUUCUGUCAUCUCAGACAAAGAUUCAAUUGUAAACAGAGCCAUAAGGAAAAAAGAUCUCAAGGUAAAAUUCAUUCGUGUACAGAAAAUUCGAUAUGUCUGGGACUUUUUCAAGAAGGAAUUUCAAAAAGUUGGAACUUUAGAAGAAGAACGUACUUGCUUUAACAUUCAUUCAAUGUAUGGAUCUGGACUGACAAAAGAGGAACAAGAUAUAAGGAGAUUGGUAUGUGGUUCAAAUACCAUUGAAGUUGAGGUUUCUCCACUUUGGAAAUUAUUCAUAAAUAAGGUGCUAAAUCUCUUCUAUCUGUACCAGUUCUUCACCGUUAUCUUGUGGUUGGCUGAAGGAUACCUGGGAUAUGCCAUUGCAAUUCUGCUGUUAUCUAUUUGUACCAUAACUCUGUCUCUUAUGGAACUCAGAAAGCAAUCUUCAAAACUGCAUAACUUGGUAAAGACUCACAAUAACAUGAAAGUCACUGUAUGUCGAAGAGGCAAUGAUUUCAGUGAGGUGGAAUCUCCUGACUUGGUGCCAGGAGACAUUAUUAUUUUAUCAGGCAAAAAUUUUUUCUUGUCCUGCGAUGCCAUUUUAAUCAAUGGAACAUGUAUUAUUAAUGAAGGCAUGCUAACAGGUGAAUGCAUUCCUGUGACCAAAACUCAGCUUCCACAUGGAGAUAACACAAUGCCAUGGAAACAGUACAGCGGAGAAGACUAUAGGAGACAUAUCCUGUUUUGUGGGACAGAGAUUAUACGGACCGAAUCAAAUGCUCAGGGCCCAGCCAGAGCUGUUGUGUUAAGAACUGGUUUCAAUACCACUAAAGGAGACAUGGUGAGGUCCAUACUGUACCCCAAACCUCUGAACUUUAAAUUACACAGAGAUGUCAAAUGGUUUUUUAUAUUUUUGGGAGUUCUUGCAAUUAUUGGCAUUCUUUAUUCUGUCAUAAUAUUUGCACAAAGACAGGUGUCUGCUGCGAGAAUCAUAGUCGAAGCACUUGUUCUUUUGACAUCUGCAAUUUGCCCCAUCAUACCGGCUGCCUUGACAGUCGGAAUCCUAUAUGGCCAAAGCAGACUGAAGAAAUGUGGUAUAUUUUGUAUCAGCCCGGACAGAAUAAACAUGUGUGGUCAACUAAAUAUCUUCUGUUUUGAUAAAACUGGCACAUUAACUGAAGAUGGUCUUGAUCUAAUGGGUGUUAUACCUUCAGGAGGGAAACAAUUUGAGGAAAUGAUUAACUUCAAUCAAAUGGAUAAUUUGUCCUGGGGACCUCUGUUUGGAGCCAUGACAAGCUGCCACUCUUUGAUCAUGACGGAUGGAAAGAUGCAGGGAGAUCCUUUGGACCUGAAAAUGUUUGAAGCUACUAAAUGGGUCUUAGAAGAUAAAGGAGAAGAUACGGAAAAAGAGUAUUCAGAAAAUAUGGUUGUCAGACCAGGACCGGAAUCAAACAUGGCAAUGCAAGGUGUCAAAGUUUUGUUCCAGUACCCAUUCUCAUCAGCUCUGCAGCGCAUGUCCGUAAUUACUCAGGUAAUAGGAGAGGAUGAACUACUUGUUUACAUGAAAGGAGCUCCAGAGAUGGUGGCCAGUUUUUCCAAACCAGAAACAGUCCCAACUAAUUUUUUGGAAGAGCUUGAACGUUACACAUUUCAAGGGCUACGAGUCAUUGGAGUGGCAUACAAAAUCCUCCAGAUGGAAAACUGUGAUGAUUUUGACAGCAUUGAAAGGGAAGAAAUUGAAGCAGAUUUGGAUUUUCUUGGUUUGCUGAUUUUAGAAAAUCGACUUAAACCAGAAACCAAGGCAAUCUUGGAGGAAUUGAAUGCCGCAAACAUAAGGACUGUUAUGAUCACAGGUGACAAUAUUAAAACUGCAACUACUGUUGCAAGAAAUUGCAGCAUGAUUCCUGAAGACAGUAAAAUUAUUCUUGUUGAAGCAUGUGGACCAAACGGUUCUACUCCAGCAUCUGUCACCUGUAGUCUUUUGGAAUAUCCAUCGGAUCAGAGCAAUUCAGGAGACACCAGAAUUAAUGUGGAAGAUGUUUUGGACACCAAGAACUACAGCAAUGAUUAUCAUUUUUCAAUGAGUGGGAAAACUUAUGAAAACCUGGAAAAGCACUUUAGUGAUUUGUUACCUAAAGUACUGAUGAAUGGAACGGUUUUUGCAAGAAUGUCACCUGGACAGAAAGCCACAAUAAUAGAUGAAUUUAGAAAACUAGAUUACUAUGUGGGUAUGUGUGGAGAUGGAGCCAAUGAUUGUGCCGCUUUGAAAAUGGCCAAUGCUGGAAUAUCUUUAUCAGAACAAGAAGCCUCAGUCGCUGCACCAUUUAACUCAAAAGUCACAAAUAUUGAAUGUGUUACAGAACUUCUUAAGGAAGGAAGAGCCGCUCUUGUAACAUCCUUCUGCAUGUUUAAAUACAUGUCUAUGUUUGGAUUAAUUGAAUAUAUUAACACGCUCCUGCUGUACUGGCAACGAAACAUCUUUGGAAAUAAUCAAUUCCUUGUUCAUGAUUUUGCUAUUAUGUUUGUGAUUUUCUUAACAAUGAGUUCAACACCUGCAUAUCAUAAACUGGCCCCGUACCGACCUCCAGGGCAGCUGCUUUCUCCAUCUAUGCUGUUUUCAGUGAUCUACCAUGUGCUUUUCACAAUUGCCAUGCAAACAUAUGCUUUCCUAAUAGUUCAGAACCAGCCAUGGUAUAGCGACAAAGAUGUGUACAGUGCCUGUUAUCCAGGAAACGAAAGUCUAAACAUAAAUCGUACUUCCAUUUUAAUAAAGCAGAGAACAAAGAAAAACUACGAGAGUUUUGAGAACACCACCCUUUGGCUGCUAACUGCUAUGCACCUGGUGAUCCUGGCUUUAGUUUUGACUAAGGGAAAGCCAUUCCGUCGGCCAAUAUAUAAAAAUUACCUCUUUGUUGCUACGCUGAUAAUAGAGUUCGCUCUCACAUUAUUCUUCAUAUUUGCUGACUUUGAAGGGAUGUACGUUGUUUUAGAGCUGGUCUGUACACCCAGAAGUUGGAGGAUUCACAUGCUGGUCAUCCUGGUUAUAUGUCUCGUCGUCUCAUUUGUGGUUGAGGAUUUUAUACUAAAUAACAGAGCAUUAUGGAUAGCUUUGAAGAAACUUUUCAGAAUGAAACCUAGCAGCAAUUACAAAAUAACACGGGCUAUCCUAGAUGAGGAUCCUGAAUGGCCACCUAUUGAAAAGACAAUAUAUGGGGAAAGUAAUGUUACUGAUGACAAAGAAAAGAUGUAUAAUAACCCUGCUUUUGAAUAUGACGAUGCUGUUCCCAGUGGAAAAAUGAUAUAG